AAGACUUCCUGCAGUCGACCUUAUAGGAAAUAAUCUUCCAUCCGUCCAUCCUACAGUUAAUCUAAAAAGACAUUAACGAUCUUAACCCCCUCGAUCGGAGCACCACCGCCUCCGUGAAGCUGCGUAAACCCCCGGAGUGUUUUUUUUCUGUUUUCCGCACAGACGCAGACGGCUCCCUCCUGCUCAGCAGCGGCCUCCAUUUUAGCUCCUUGCCCGGUCGGUGCCUCACGUGUCCUGGACUGUCUUUCUCACAUGACCCGUGUGUUUGUCCCCGUGAUCAGCGCUUCCAUCUCCGUAAAUCAGUGUCGUUGAAUAUCGGCGUUUUACACCCGCAAAAAGCUUCAUGGAUAUGCUGGAGCAGAGUCUGGACAGCACGGCGAGUCACGACAAACAGGAAACAGAAGAGGUGGUGCAGUUACAGGAAGGAGAGGCGGUGGGGACGGAGGAGCAGACUGCAGUGACCAUCACUGGUGUCCCGCAGGCUGCGUUCGCUGACCACAAUGUGCAAUACCAGUUCCGUACAGAGAACAGUGGAGGACAGGUGACCUAUCGCGUGGUGCAGGUGACAGACGAUCAGUUAGAAGCAACAGCUGAUGCAACUGGAGCUGUCAGUGUCGUCUCUACCGCAGCGUUUGCAGGAGCCCCUCAGGCAGUGGCACAGGCUGUUAUCCAGAACCCUUUCAGUAAUGGGGGCAGUCCUGGAGGGGAGACAGUGGGAGGAGAGACACGUUUCGCUUAUUUCCCUGCCGCCACUGUCAGCGAUGGAACAGCCACGGCCGUGUCCGUGCAGGCCACCGCCGACCCAACGAUAACACAGACAGGAGGCCAGUUUUACGUGAUGAUGAGCCCCCCUGAGGUGCUACAGACGACGGCCCCUCGUACCAUCGCACCACGCACACACACCUACACUGCAGACCUUGGUGAAAGCGAGAUGUUGCAGCAUGGCAGUUCAAACUGGAAGGUGGAGGGUCCACGGGCGCCCAGAGAUGAGCGGCGAAGAGCACAGCACAAUGAAGUGGAGAGAAGAAGAAGAGACAAGAUUAACAACUGGAUUGUCACACUUUCAAAAAUCAUCCCUGACUGUAGCAUAGACAGCAGAACUGGAGCGAGUAAAGGAGGCAUCCUGUCCAAAGCUUGUGACUACAUCCGAGAGCUGCGUCAGAAUAACCAGCGACUGCAGGAGAGUUACAAAGAGGUGGAACGAGUGGAGAUGGACAACGAGCUGCUUAGACAACAGAUUGAGGAACUGAAGAAUGAUAAUGCACUGCUUCGAGCACAGCUACAGCAGCAUGGCGUAGAAGUCAACGGGGAUGCAACACCGCAGUGAUUGUGGACUGAACACAUGAAACAUCAUAAACACAAUGUCGCAUCCUCCCACCCACCUGAACAAUACUAGGAAAGGAAUAACAAUGAGAGACAAUUUCCAUCUGAAACUGGACCACACAAACACACACACACACACACACACACACACAGGGCUUGAGAAGAACACUGAAGGACUGCAAACGCCUCCUCCACCUACAGAUGUUCAAGGCUGAGCGCUCUGAAAUCCGUUAUCUGUGUAGCUUACAGAACCUCUCACCUCUGCUUCAAGGAGUACGACCUCUACACAGCACCACCACGCUUGCACCAAACCUUCUUUUUACUUUCAAUUUUGAACCUGCCACAGAAAAUUUACUUUUAAUGAUAUCACCUUUUUAUCGUGCCGCAAACUUCUCUUCCUUCUCCUACUUUUUUGUUGACAUUUGCUGUGUGUGAAACUACUAAAUGUGACAUGAAUGAUAGCUCCCAUUUACUUUUAAUUUAUUAGUUUUUACAGAAUGUGUACAAAGAAAAAGAGAAGCUGAUUUUGUGAAUUUACUCUUUUCCCACCAACACAUAUUGGGCAGAUCAGAUAUUUUGAUCAUGUCCAUCACUGUUACUAAGCAUAGGUUUACUGUCAGUGGAUCAUGUCUAUAUAAAGCUGAUCUGUGUGCACUUUGAGGUUCAGUUUCUGCCUCUUUACACUGACACUCCAAGCACCAGGCAGAGCUCACACACUUUAUAAACAUAAUCCACAGUCAGUAAAUGAAAAAUAAAUAUAUAUAAUACUUUUCUGACAGUCUAGGUAAAAGCAGCUUGAUAGCACAGGCAUGGAGGUUUUAUUUUUAGUGCAAGGCCUUACUAGAAGCCCGUUGGAGAAUCUAGGUGAUAACAUAGCUCAGGUAAUUGCACUGGCAAGUGGUUCCCAGACUCAAUGAAGUCUUUACAUAUAGCGUUUAGAUCUCUCUUGUGUCCCCUUUAGGUGCAAUGUACAGAUAAAUGAGAAUAUGGAGAUGAUUUUCAAGGUGGAAAUCACUUUUAACGGGCAUUAAAAUAUGGUUGGUUUCUAUAUCUGCUAAACAGGUCACUGGUGUAAUGCACUGAAAUAGAGGUUACGAGAGGUCUUGGUUUGAGACCAGCCUCUGUUUGGCCCACUAGUCCUGCUGCAUCUUAGUGGACACCUGACGUGGCUUUUUUUGCAAUUGUCCCUAAUUCUUUCAAAUUUUGGGAACCUUUGCUGCUGGCAGAAGACCAUAAAACAACCGUGGUCAGGAAUGUGCUGAAGGUAGUUUGGAUGCGAGUGAUAUAGUUGUAACUAACCAGCUUUUGUCUACACUGAAAGUCACCACAGCAUGGAAAUAUAACCACUGGCAUGACUAAUUCUGAUACUACAAUAAAACAGAAGUGUUUAUACCUGUGUGUUUAUCA